AUGGGGAACUCUGGCUUGAAACAGCAUUACGAGACUGCAAAGAAAACUGGAACAUUAAAACUGUCAGAGAGGAAACUCGACGAAUUUCCACAAAAUCUACUAGCUUUGUCGCCAUUGUUACGCACAUUGGAUCUAUCGGAAAACAAAUUUGUUCACAUUCCCAAUGAAAUUGGGAGUUUUACAUUGUUAAAGCAACUGAAUCUUAAUCAUAACAGAUUGACCACUUUGCCCGAAGCGCUUGGAGCAUUGACCAAGUUAGAAGGUUUAAACGCAAGUUCAAAUCAAAUAAAGAAUAUCCCAUGGUCUUUGUCUAAAUUGACGCGUUUGAAACAGGUCAAUCUGUCUGACAAUCGUAUAACCGAAUUCCCACCCAUGUUUUGCGAUUUAAAAUCUCUGGAUGUACUAGACUUGUCAAAAAACCGAAUUACGACAAUUCCCGACGCGGCUGCUGCGUUACAUGUGGUUGAACUUAACCUCAAUCAAAAUCAGAUAUCGACUAUAUCUGACAAACUGGCGGAAUGUUCGCGCUUAAAAACAUUAAGGCUCGAAGAAAAUUGUCUGCAAUUGAGUGCGAUACCCACAAAGAUUUUGAAAAAUUCCAAGAUCUCCGUUUUAUCGGUUGAAGGAAAUUUAUUCGAAAUGAAACAAUUUGCUAAUCUCGAUGGUUAUGAUAACUAUAUGGAAAGAUAUACUGCAUGUAAACAUGCAAACAAAAUUCUUACUAUUGUGAACAAAAAACAAAUGAUCUUUUCCAUCCCAAAAUGGCGUGUCUGGCCUUUGCUUUCUGAACACAGGAAGAGCUGCUGA